AUGGAUUUGAAACAAUCGAUGCUGCUCCUGAGUUCUUGGAUUGCUCAAAUUGGUGAUGUUGGUCUUGAUUUGCUAUGGCGUUUCGUACACAUUGUUGUGAGCUUAUGGUACAUUUUCUCUGGCAUCUUUGAGGCAAUCGAAAGCUAUGCCAUUUCGUUAGGAUUGAUUAAAAAGUACAGUUCGAUCAACUUUGAGAAACUCCGGUGUCUAGCUGUUGUAGUUGACAUCGAAGAAGCUCGAGAUGUUGUCAAUGUUAUUGACCUUUUGCAGUGGCUAACAACCAUCGGUGUGAAUCAAGUCGGUCUAUUUGACACCCAAGGUUUAUUAAAGAAAUGCAAGGAUUUGAUCCUUGAAACCGUUCCAGGUUCAAUGUUGUUAGAGGAGACUGGUGAAAAGGAUUUGUUGCCUGACCGAAAGCGUAUUGCGUUAGAAUUCAUUUCAUCUUCCGACAAUAAAGAAGCUGUUGUGAAAGCAGCCAACAUACUUCUUCAGAGAUACUUGAAAUCCAGCCAUCCCGAGAAAGAAAAAGGGGACGACUUUUUUACAGAGCCUCAUUUGAACGAAGCGCUUAGAGUUGUUGGUGAGAAUGUACAACCGCCCGAUCUGUUACUGGUUUAUGGACCUAUAAGGAGCCACCUCGGUUUCCCUGCUUGGAGACUUCGAUACACUGAGAUCGUACAUAUGGGAUCUUUGAAGUAUAUGAGAUAUGGUUCCCUUUUGAAGGCAAUUCACAAGUUCACAGGGGUACACCAAAACUAUGGAACUUAA